CAGCUGAUCUGCCACGCAAGGCACUCCAACAUCGGCAAUAAUCUUCCAAUUCAUAGCCGAUUAAAAAGUUACAACAAUCAGUAGACACUGAGGCAUGCAUUCCAGGAGUAAUAGUGGUCGCUAAUUCAUUAGGCUGUGAAGAAGGUGAACGGAAAAAUAGCGCGGUUGUAUUUUCUUUAAGGCAUCCAUCCAACAGAAACAACUUCUGAAAAUGGUGGACACCCAGAGACAGUACAUUUGGCCUUAAGGCCUUGCACUUGCGAUCAUCGGAAAUUACUGGCAUUUUUGUAACCGAUAAGCGUUCGGUUUUGUCAUUUCUAGCUAGCUGGCCGUUUGCCUGCUCUAGAUACGAUAGGCGAAUCGUUGUAUCGCGAAUGGAAAUCGAAUAAUUAGGAGACUGUUAGACUCAUCCAAUGCAAAGUUGCCAAGUCGUACCCGGAUAUCACAGACGAUUGUAAAAUAUUCAUUCCGAUUGGAAAGGGAAGAUGUGGUUGAAACUCUUUUUUUUGCUGCUAUAUUUCUUGGUGUUGUUCGUUUUAGCCAGGUUUUUUGAAGCAAUUGUGUGGUAUGAAACUGGUAUCUUUGCCACUCAGCUGGUUGAUCCAGUAACACUGAGCUUCAAGAAGCUGAAAACGAUUCUAGAAUGCCGCGGCUUGGGAUACUCUGGACUUCCAGAGAAGAAGGAUGUACGGGAGCUCGUCGAAAAAUCUGGAGACUUGAUGAAGGGAGAGCUGUAUUCUGCACUGAAGAACGAGGAAGAGCAGGCGGAGGCCACCUCUAGCACCACCUUCAGUGGCGAGAUGCACUUCUACGAGCUGGUGGAGGACACCAAGGAUGGCAUCUGGUUAGUCCAGGUGAUAGCCAAAGACAGACACCCUCUAGUGAGUAAAGCCAACUGGGGGAAGAUGGUCAAAAAGGUCUCUCAGUUUGGCAUCCGGACUGGCACUUUUAACUGCUCCAGCGAUUCCAGGUACUGUCGGAAACGUGGCUGGCUGAAAUCGACACUCAUCAUGUCUGUACCUCAGACCAACACUUCCAAAGGAAGAGUUAUGCUUAAGGAGUAUGAUGGUAGGCGCGUGGAGACGGAGCCCAUCUUCAAGUGGAUGACUGCGCAUGUGGCAUCGAGGAUCAAGACCCUCUGCAUGCCACGUCAGCUGGAGCAGGAGUGGCUUGCCAGCGAGCACCAUCCAGUGAAGAUGUUCCUGUUCGCCGAGCUGGCCCAGCCACCGGCCUUCUUCUCGGCACUAAGUGUCAAGUUCACGGGGCGCAUUGAGUUCAUCUUUGUAGACACACGUGGCUGGGCCGCUGAGAGCCGCCUGAAGGAGAUCGGAGUGUCCCAGGUACCCUCGUAUGUGCUGAAGACCCCUGAAGGCAUGUACCGAUACGGGAACAGCACCGGGGAGUUCAUCUCCCUCCAUGCCAUGGACACCUUCCUGCGUUCAGUUCAGCCCGAAGUCAAUGACCUCUUUGUACUCAGCCUGGUCAUGGUCAACCUGAUGGCCUGGAUGGACCUGUUCAUCACGCAGGGUGCCACAGUGAAACGCUUUGUAGUUCUCAUCAGCACCCUGGGGACCUACAACUCCCUACUAAUCAUCUCCUGGCUGCCUAUACUGGGCUUCCUGCAGUUGCCAUACCUGGACAGCUUCUAUGAGUACAGCCUGAAGCUGCUACGGUAUGCUGACACCACAGCACUUGCCUCAUGGGUGAGGGCUGACUGGACCUUCUACUCCUCCCACCCAGCACUUUUCCUCAGUACUUACCUUGGUCAUGGUCUGCUUGUCGACUACUUUGAGAAGAAGAGACGGCGGAACAACAAUGAGGAUGAAAUUAAUGCCAACAAUCUGGAGUGGCUGUCAAGCCUUUGGGACUGGUAUACCAGCUACCUCAUCCACCCAAUCGCCUCCUUCCACAACUUCCCCAAUGAGUCUGACUGGGACGAUGACCCAGACUUCCUUCUGGAAAGGCUUGCCUUCCCUGACCUCUGGCUCCAUUCGCUCAUCCCCACCGACUACAUCACCAGCCUCUCCACCUGGCACUUCAGGCACCACAGACGCAGGAGAGCGGCAUGCAGUGGGGUGGAUGAGGAUGGCCUCCACAAUGGUGGCGGCGAAUUAGAGGGCGAGUCCAGGAGUGAGCAGGAUGAAUCAUCUGAUGAUGAUCACUGUGGGGGUGAGGAUGAGGGGGCCUCAAAGUUCUCAUGCGAGCAGGAAGGUUUGGGAAGUGGGACUGGUUCAGUGGGAGAUGAAGGGUAUGAGGCAUGCAACAUAAACGGUAGCGGAGAGGGCUGGGAGGCAGAUUGGUCAUCCUGGCCCACUGGCAUGCUCCAUUGCACGGAGUGUGUCGUUUGCCUGGAGAACUUUGCAGAUGGUUGCCUCGUAAUGGGGCUGCCGUGUGGUCACGUUUUCCACCAGCAGUGCAUCGUGGUCUGGCUGGCUGCUGGGCGGCACUGCUGUCCCGUGUGCCGAUGGCCAUCGUACAAGAAGAAACCUGACAGAUCACGGGAACAGCACCUGUAGAAGUGGAAUGGGGCCUACCGCUGUAGCACUGGGGCCUGGGAACAAUCCUGCUUCCUGCACUUAACUUAAUACUUGAUGUGUCAAUGUUAGUCCAUAGAGCUCUGUUAAACUGUUUUUCUUUUUGUGGUUUGAACCUCAGUUUUACUUUCGGGCAGACAGAAGGGAAAAUGUAUCAGAAGCACUAAUAAUAAUGAAAAAAAUUAUUAAGUUAUGCUUCAUACUUAUAAGUACAUGAAAGCAUUUGGCUGUAGCAGAAAAACGCUUUUGCGUUAAAACUAGAAUCUAAAGCUCAUUGAACUAGCUGAAAAAGUCUUGUUUAAAUAAGCUAUCGCUUGCUAUCGUGAGGGAGCAAAACCUAACCAGAAGUCUUAACUAAUAAAUCCACAGAUUUCCACAUUUGAAAAUGUGGACAACCUUGAAUGCAGGUUACUGUCAUUUCAAAUUCUCUUUCAGUCCAGUAAUUUUCCUUGCAUUACUCACUUUAUUUUUCUUUUUUCCUUUCUGUUAUGCAUCCAAAAGAAGAAGAACAAAGCAGGGGUCACUGAAAGAAUAUACUUUUCUAUCAUAAGUCAAAGGACUGGUCUGGCAGCUUCACAGCUGUAUUGUGUUACAAUAAAAAGGUGGCUCUAUUUAGUUGGGGAUACAGUACCUUGUUAAUAAAAAAUAAAAAAUACCAAUAGCUCCUGUUCACUAAAUUGUGACCCCCCCCACAAUGUUAAGCAUCUUGGAUGCUUAUUUGGCUUUCUGCAUAUAGCCAUCAUCAAUUUAUGACGCCAUAUGAGAAUAAUUUAAACAUGCACAGGAUUAGAGCAUGUACAUUAAAUUCAAGGAAAAAGUGCAUUGUUCAUGGAUUGCAUAGUUCACAGUGUAAGGGCCAGCUCACUUCUAAAAUGAUUGGAAAUGCUCUUUGCUCUUGGACCUUUUGUUAUUCUCCAUCUCAUUUCCAAACAACCAAAGGACAAUGUAAAACUCUCCAAACAAUGAAAGGUGACAGUAGCAGCUUCUAAGCAGUGAUGUUUGUGCGGUUUUAAUUUUCGGCACAAGGGAGUCUGCUUUGUUCUGUGGUUUUCACACACUAACUUGUCUUGUCUAAUAAUUUUCUCUAGUUUUGUUGGUCCUCCUGUGGUAGUGCAAGGCCCUUUCUCUCUGCACAGGAAAUGCAUUGGUUUUUUGUCCAGAUGCAUCAUAUGGUGUUUAAUCCAAGCCAGAGAAAGUGUGUCAUCCAGCUAUACUUGGUGGCAAAUGCAGAACUGGGCGAUGUUUGAAAUUGCUUACUUGCUUACUAUUGAGUAUUCAAGUUGUACACGACUUGUAUCCAAUUGUAUACAUAGUUUUAAGCAAGUAUGCUGAUGUGGACACAGCAUUCAUGUCUAUCUUACAUGAGCCUGGAAAGGAGUAAAUGUUUCAAGGAAAAAAGGGGUCAGAACCUGGCUUCAAAGCCUUGUGUUUGCACAUCGCAUUGUUUGACUUCAGUUUGAAACAUGAAGGUGGAUAUUUCUUGUGCAGAUUUCAGCAUUGUUCAAUGAAUUUGCCUAAGACGAGUCAAUAUUGUAUGUUUAGGGUACUGAUUGUAGGAAAGAGCCAACUUGGCCUAGUAUUUAUAUCGAAUCAAUUUUAUUUACACCAGACCUAAUUUAAAGGCCUUGAAAUGCCCUCUGUUGUACCUUUGUGAACAUGUGGAAAACGUUACUUAUGAAUGUUCAAUAAAUUACAUCUAUAGCAAA